CAGUAUAUUUUCUAGAAUGUUGAUUUGAUUUGAUUAAAAGUGAUGAUACAGAUGAUUUAUUAUGUUUAGAUUGAGAGGAAUGAUUAAAGAAGUGAUUCUGUGUAAGGUAAUCCUUGUUUAGGCUCUGUGUGUGUACGUACAGGCCUCAUAGGCUUUGUGUGUGUAAGUCUUAAAAAAGCAGAAGUGCAGUAAACAACAGUCACAAUGACACAGCAACCUCCCCAGAAAAAAGGGAAGUUUGGGAAAAACCCAAAAGGGUUGGCUGAAAUGUGUGUGUGUUAAACAGAAUGUGGACACUGUGUAUUUGCUGUAACAACAUGACUUCUGUAUUACUGCUGUAUGUGACAACAAGUUGAUUGCAUAAGUUAGACGGAGCCGGGGGCGUACCUAGCCAGUUUUGUGUGUAAGGAGAGAGAGAUAAAAAGGCAGAGCCACAAGCACAGAACGGGAGAUGUUCGCCGGAGCUGCAAGAAGAGCUGCAAAGGGAACUUGGCCGGAGUUCUGAAGAAUCUUCACCUUCCUCUAUUGCCCUAGAGACGGGAAGACUACGCGGGACUUAGGCUCCAGAGAUCGCUGAGGACAUCGUUGGAAGCAAAGUCUUUUUCUGACUUUGUUCAACAAGCGAAGACCACACUCUGCCAAACGGAGAGUCCUAAGAGGUUCUGCAGUUAUCCAGAAGAAACCAAUAGAGGGGAGAACCGACUACACCCGAAGAGGCAAAGGAGGCAACAGCACUGGGCUGUUCCCCUCCCCGGGCCUGGGAGACCCAGUGACCCACUAUAGCCUGAACAGACGAGGGUUUUCCAUCACCACCAUACCACAGAGAAGACAGCUGGGGCGUAAGCACUAACGUUCCAGCUGAUUCCAGAGAUAACUGCCAGACCACGAUUGGCUUAUAGGACUCCUCCACUCCUCCCUGCCAAGGGAUAAGAUCCUUUUGUCCACAAAGAAGACAUCGUAACGAGUCCUCUGGACAACUGAGGACUCCUCCCAGACGCAAGACAAGACCGAGUGAUACGGUAGUGGCCACGCUGUUCGCUCUCUCUCCUAAAUUUAAUAAUUAGAGAAGAUUGUCAGAUGAGUGCAGCCUGCGUUAAAUGUGGGGGUACAAUUGAAGAAAAGAAAUGCCUUUGGGAUGUCUCACCCACCUUUUGGUGUGAGACCUGUUACAAGGAAGCCUUCCCUGUUACCACGGCACAAGGCAUUUUUUGUAAGAAACCUGAGGCUUACCUCCCUGGUGUUGUCCUGGGGCACCACAUAAGCAUACAGGCCACGGCCAUACCAAUGGGCAGCUCGAUGGUUCCACAACAAGCUAAGCCUGAAGAAUGGUGUCAAGAAAGUCCAACUGGGUACUAUCUCCCAGUCUAUGUUAGAUUCUGGAGACUUCCAACUGGAGAAGGCGUCUCCACAACCCAUGUUGCAGAUGGAAGAUGUGUCGCUAUAGGGAAACCAUGGAAAUUGCCCAAGUUACCUAUGGCUCCGACCGAAUCAGCAAUGCAUGCAGUUGAGAGGCCCUCUACUCCGCCACAGAAGACGGUUGGAUGGUCCCAAGGCACGCAGACUGACCCACCGCCACAAGAAGCAGAGGUGCAGUGGAACUACAGCCAGGAGCUCAGUGAAAUACUGGAGAUGCCACUGCCAGUGAUGGAAGCAGAAUUUCAACUGCCUCCGGUUCUGUCACCCAUACCAUCACAGCCUCCGACACCUCUAAUGGAUGAGCCGCCUGAGAUAUCGGAGAUACAGUCUCCACCUGAAAUAUUGGGGUGCCAAGACACGCAGCCUACUAUGACCAUUGAAGCAGCAAUAGAGGUCAUCGAGAGCGCCGUUGAGCAACUAGCAGCGCCCAAAUUGGCCGCUGUAAAGGGUGUCCAAUGUCCUGUAACACCUGCUGUUGCAGUGGUGCCAGGAGUCCAACGACCUGCAUUACCUGAUUUAUCAGAGUUGCGAGUGAUCGACAGCUGGGAGCAGUCACCUGGAGCGCUGGUCAUCGUUGAAGAAGUUGUCACCACCACUGACACCCAGAUGCAGCUUGGAGACCUGCUUGAUCUCACUGCGCCAGAGGACGAUGUUGACCUCUUUCCCUGAUUGCUUGGAGUCGCUAUCUGUGACCUCAAGAAGGGGGUGUCAAGUAAGAUGCAAAUGUUGAGGUCUCAGAAAGGACUCAGGCUCAUUAUGGCCCUAAGGUAACAAAGGUUUUGAAGCAGACAAAUAAAGAAACAUUAUAAGUUAACCACAAAAUUAUGCUUGCUGAACAGUAUAUUUUCUAGAAUGUCGAUUUGGUUUGAUUAAAAGUGAUGAUACAGAUGAUUUAUUAUGUUUAGAUUGAGAGGAAUGAUUAAAGAAGUGAUUCUGUGUAAGGUAAUCCUUGUUUAGGCUCUGUGUGUGUAUGUACAGGCCUCAUAGGCUUUGUGUGUGUAAGUCUUAAAAAAGCAGAAGUGCAGUAAACAACAGUCACAAUGACACAGCAACCUCCCCAGAAAAAAGGGAAGUUUGGGAAAAACCCAAAAGGGUUGGCUGAAAUGUGUGUGUGUUAAACAGAAUGUGGACACUGUGUAUUUGCUGUAACAACAUGACUUCUGUAUUACUGCUGUAUGUGACAACAAGUUGAUUGCAUAAGUUAGACGGAGCCGGGGGCGUACCUAGCCAGUUUUGUGUGUAAGGAGAGAGAGAUAAAAAGGCAGAGCCACAAGCACAGAACGGGAGAUGUUCGCCGGAGCUGCAAGAAGAGCUGCAAAGGGAACUUGGCCGGAGUUCUGAAGAAUCUUCACCUUCCUCUAUUGCCCUAGAGACGGGAAGACUACGCGGGACUUAGGCUCCAGAGAUCGCUGAGGACAUCGUUGGAAGCAAAGUCUUUUUCUGACUUUGUUCAACAAGCGAAGACCACACUGCCAAACGGAGAGUCCUAAGAGGUUCUGCAGUUAUCCAGAAGAAACCAAUAGAGGGGAGAACCGACUACACCCGAAGAGGCAAAGGAGGCAACAGCACUGGGCUGUUCCCCUCCCCGGGCCUGGGAGACCCAGUGACCCACUAUAGCCUGAACAGACGAGGGUUUUCCAUCACCACCAUACCACAGAGAAGACAGCUGGGGCGUAAGCACUAACGUUCCAGCCGAUUCCAGAGAUAACUGCCAGACCACGAUUGGCUUAUAGGACUCCUCCACUCCCCCCUGCCAAGGGAUAAGAUCCUUUUGUCCACAAAGAAGACAUCGUAACGAGUCCUCUGGACAACUGAGGACUCCUCCCAGACGCAAGACAAGACCGAGUGAUACGGUAGUGGCCACGCUGUUCGCUCUCUCUCCUAAAUUUAAUAAUUAGAGAAGAUUGUCAGGUACGCUCAAUUUAGUUACUUUAGUAUAAUUUUUAAUCUGAAAUAAUUAAUUGUUUAAAUCAUGAAUUGAUGCUGUGCCCUUGCUAAAAUUGGUUAAUAAAACGCUUUAUUGCAUUUAAAGAGAAGCCUAAUGAAAUUAUUAUAAACCACUAAAAAUCUGCAUAGUGGUAAAAAGUUAAGUUGAUUGUGUGCAUUCAAUCCAAUGGUUCUUAAAGGUUAUUUAGUCCAAAGUGCGAGUGUUUAAACAUUACCCCUGAGGUUAGUUCUUUCCAAACCUCUAAAACGAACCCAGGAAUAGCACCAAGUGCAUGCAAGUCCUUAGAGAGAAGCUGACCGAUAACGAACGUGAAUGAUAGAUCAAUUCCACUACUUAGAAAGGCUGCUUGGUGGGAUAGCAUUUAUCAGAUAAGAGGGGUGAGACGUUCGGAAGCAAGGCAGUCAGAACCUGGGCGAGUGUCUCUCGACUCCAGCUUAAUUAUUCUGCUGAAACCUGUUAGGUGGAAUGCUAAUAGGCAGAUAGGAUCUAACCCUUUAAACGGAGAGCUGGACCAAAUUUAACCUGAGGUAAGGGUUAAAAAAGGCUAGACUGGCGAACACUUGCAAUGAGCACCGCCGAGUGUUAGUAACGUGUAUGUUAUGUAUGGAUACCAAAUCAUGUGAUCUAAAUAUGUGUAGCAGGCAGCGGGAAUUGAUGGGACUCGGAAACAUCCCCACAAUGUAAUCAACUGUUCAUGUGAUUGCCAGCAGGCAGCUGACAUAGUGUUCACUUGUAGUCAUAGUUACAGAUCUUUCAGGUCUUCACCAUUUUUGAGCCUCUCUGCGACUCUGUGGACAGUCAUCCGGCUGAUGUUCAGCUGUUUGGCUAUGUCAGACUUGUGGCCAGCAUGAAGGAGAGCAGAUAUCUCAACUCUUUUGACUUCCAUCUUGAUACAACUUCACCGGAGAACAAAUUUGUAUUGAUGACACCUGCCUAUAAGGUAGAACUUUCAGUUUGUUUAAUGGAAUUGUUCACUCCAACAUGUAAACGUCUCUAAAGAUCAUGAAACCGAGUGUAACAGAACUUUUGCAAAGCCCGGUAUAUAUAUAUAUAUAUAUAUAUAUAUAUAUAUAUAUAGGGUAGAGACUGCGAUUUGGUAGAAUUGGAGUUUCUACCAGUAGAGAUUGCGAUUGUAAUCUCUACCAGUAGAAACUCCAAUUCAGUUCAAGUUGCAUUGCCUACUGGUGCAGCUCUGAACUAAAGUCACACUUCAGUUUGAAACCAAAAAUAUCAAUAUUUAAUGGUAUUUCUGGUUUGCGUCCACUUGAUUCUAGUAUAAUUGUUCUUGGUUAUUGAUAAGAUAAAUAGCAUAAUAGCACUAUAUGCAGGUGUCGGAUGUUUCCUUUCAAACUGUUGUGGUGACAUUAUUCCAUGAAUGGCUUUUACUUAUGAUAUCUAAACAUCCUCACUUUGAACUAGGUGAGCUGCUAAAGAAUUAUACAGUGAGACCACGCCUAUUGGAAAUAACAUAUAGUGCUAUUAUGCUAUUUAUCUUAUCAAUAACCAAGAACAAUUAUACUAGAAUCAAGUGGACAAGGGCUCUAGUUAUCAUAUGAUCGAUACAUUUUGAUCACAGACGGGCUGUUAGCCACAAAUGAUUUAUUUUUCAGUUGGAAAUAUUUCAGUGGGUUGACUGAUUGCAGAGAAUGUUUCACUGUACUGUUUUUUGCUGAGAUAUCCGGACUGACAGCCAACUUGAUUUUUGACGGACGCAAUAACAUGCGUAAGGGCUGUAAUUUCCUUUUGUUUUUUGUUAAAUAAAUAUGCUCUUGAAUCUCG